AUGGAUCAAUAUGAUGAUUUUGUGGAUGCAUUAUCAAGAGGUGUGAAUUAUUUCAUGCACAACGGAAAAGACCAUCAAAUUAGGAUUUUUCCAUGGACUAUUGGAUUCAACCCUAAGGAAGAGACUUCACGUGCAACAGUAUGGAUUUCGUUUCCAAACCUAUCGACUGAUUUGUUUGCUAAGAAAUAUUUGCUUUGCAUUGCUUCAGCGGUCAGGAAACCUAUUGUUGUGGAUAAGGCCACACAAGUGAGAUCAAGACCUAACACGGCUAUGGUUAGGGUGAUCCUCGACUUAUUGGACAAACAUCCGGAUCGUAUUCGACUUCAAAAUGUGGACAAAGUUACGAGCAGAAUUAUUGACGAGUUUCAGGAGGUCAUGUAUGAUAAUUUUCCUCAAUAUUGCACCCAUUGUAAGCAACAAGGUCAUGAUGACAAAAAGUGUCGAUUAUUAAUUGGAAAUAACGUAGUGGUUCAAAAAGAAGAUGUUGCGGUAAUGGAGAUUGAGGGAACUUCGGUUGAGAAAUUGCAAGGAGAUGCACGUGAUUAUCUAAACAUUAAGAAGCAACAACAAAAGAGAGCUAACAUGGGAGAUAUUCCAGUAGGUCAAGCAAUGGAAGCUGCUCUAGAUUUGCAUCCUAAUUCGAAAAGGAAUGAGGGUAGUCCAUUGGGUAAUAGUAAAUUUGAGGAAGUCUAUUCUCUUAAUAGCAAUCAAAAUCAGAAUGUUUUAGUUGGAAAGGUGCAAGAGGUGGUGCAACCGGCCAAAAUCAAUGAGUUGGCUAGUUUUGGUGAUACGGGUGUCGCGGUUGGGAAUUCAACGAUUUUCGAGCAGGCUAUGGAUUUGAAAAAUGCUAGAGAUGAUGUUGGAAGUGAAGGCUGGAUAGUGAUUUCAUGA